AGUAGGCGGUUGUCGAUAGUGCAGUUGUUUUGUGUUCGUCGUGUCCGUGUGUUUUCGUGAACGUGAAAUUCGCCUACACCCGUUUAUUUUUUUUUUCAAAUAAAGUACGUGCUUUGUGAAUAAGUGUAUUCAUUCGGUUACAAUGGCUAAUGCUCCUGUGAAGAAGGUCCCUAUACAUUUACAGAGCUCGCAGAAUCGGCUCCUGAUCAAAAAUGGCAGGGUUGUCAACGAUGACGGCAUGGAAGACGCUGACGUCUACAUUGAAGAUGGAAUUAUCAAGCAAGUGGGCCGGAACCUCAUCAUUCCUGGCGGCACUCGCACCAUCGACGCGACCGGCAAACUGGUGAUGCCUGGUGGCAUCGAUCCUCAUACCCACUUCGAGUUGGAGAUGAUGGGAGCUAAAUCUGCUGACGACUUCUAUAAAGGCACCAGAGCCGCAGUAGCGGGUGGCACCACUACUGUCAUUGAUUUCGUUCUACCUGAAAAAGGGCAGUCUCUCAUAGAAGCUUACAACAAUUGGAGAGAGAAAGCAGACAAUAAGGUUUGUUGCGAUUACGCCCUCCACGUGGGUAUCACGUGGUGGUCACCAUCGGUCAAGAAGGAGAUGGAACAACUGGUCACCGAUCAGUACGGUGUCAACUCGUUCAAGAUGUUCAUGGCGUACAAGGACGCGUGGAUGCUGGACGACUACGAUAUGACUCGCGCCAUGGAGACUUGUACUGAGUUGAGAGCGUUACCUAUGGUGCACGCCGAAAAUGGUCAUAUAAUAGCUCGCAACACCGAGAAGUUACUGGCGGCGGGUGUGAACGGACCCGAGGGUCACGAGUUGUCUCGUGACGAGGAGGUGGAAGCUGAAGCCGUGAACCGUGCGUGCGUCAUCGCCAAUCAGGCGGACUCGCCCCUCUACAUCGUGCAUAUGAUGUCUAAGAGUGCUAUACAAGCAUUAGAGAUCGCUCGUCGUAGACAAAAGCCACCGGUCUACGGAGAAACUUUGGCCGCCACCGUCGGCACUGACGGCACUCACUAUAGGAACGCGUGUUUCCGCCACGCCGCCGCUCAUGUUCUGUCGCCGCCACUGAGACCAGACCCUGAUACUCCACUAGCUAUGGUCGAAGCAUUGGCCGACGAUCGUCUUCAAUUAAUAGGAAGCGACAACUGUACCUUCCAUGAGAAGGACAAGGAAUUGGGAAAGGAUAACUUCUCUAAGAUUCCCAAUGGUGUGAACGGAGUGGAGGACCGCAUGGCCAUCUUGUGGCAGAAAGGAGUAAACACUGGCUUGAUGGACCCAUGCCGUUUCGUGGCCGUGACGAGCGCGACUGCGGCGAAGGUGUUCAACCUGUGGCCGGGCAAGGGGCGCGUGUGCGCGGGCGCGGACGCCGACCUGGUGGUGUGGGACCCGCGCCUCGAGCGCACCAUCAGCGCCGCCGCGCACCGCCACGCCGUGCCCUUCAACAUAUUCGAGGGUCAGCACGUAGUAGGAAGCCCUCAGUACGUGAUCGUGAACGGCAGAGUAUGCCUCGACGAUGGAGAUUUGCGUGUCGCUGAAGGUUCUGGCCGAUUCCUCAAGACCCCGGUGAACAGCCCGUACGUGUACGGAGGCGAAGCACCCUCCUCGUCUCCACAACCUCAGCGGGAAACUCCAACACACUCGCCAUCCAAGAUCUCCAAUGGCAAUGGAACUCCUGAUCUCAACUUGGUCCAGAGACAGCUGGACAGCGUGAACGUGUCCGGGUGCAGCACCCCCACCGGACGGAAGAUGCGCGAGCCCGGACAGCGAGACCUGCAGAACUCCACCUUCUCAAUCAGCAAAGAGAUCGAGGGUUUGGAUACGAAGACUUCAGUACGCGUAAGGAACCCCCCUGGCGGCAAAUCAUCCGGUCUUUGGUAAAUCAUAUCUAGGCUAUUGAGGCUUCGCAUCAAAAAAUAUCGCUUGUGGAAAAAUAAAAAAACACUGAUUAUCUUUCUUACAAUUUUUUUUCGAAACAUGUAUGAAAAAUACUUGAAAAGAACUCGUAUAUACGGUGCAUCUUUUUUGUUAUUAAUAUCGUAUACAAUCGGUAGAUGGCGCUGUAAUUAAAACAGUGUAUUUAUUGUAUUUUUGAAAUCAUGUUUAAAUUUUAUUUAGACUAUUGAAAGCAUACUUUGUAAUUUUCAAAUUGAUUUCGAGUUCAUGUAUUUCCACAAGCGGCUUAUGUUCCCUGUUCAUAUGAAAACCGGUUAAUUACGAGUAAUUCGAAGUAAAACCUAGAACAAGGGAAUCACGCUUGGCAGCCGCGAACCGACUUUAGUUUAUUAUGUUCGUAACCCAAAGCUACCUAAGUAAUAUGAGAAGGAAAAGUUUAUGAACAUAAAGUCAGUACCUAGAUUUUUUUUAGAAUUGAAAAUACCCUAAUGACCACACUAAACUUUUAUAUUAUCAAUUUUAGGAAAUAAUUGAGUAAUGCUUGGCAAUAGCUUUGUUUAAAAAUUUAGAUUUAAAAGUGGAUUCUGCUGGCCUAGCAUCAUUUUUAUCGACACGAUAAUGUCUAUGUCUCGCUCAUAGUUCAGCUAUGCGAUUGAGACAACAAUACACGCUUUAUCAUAUUCCAUAAUAUACCGCGUGAUAUGCGGCUAUAAAGCUACAGAUCAAGACACUAUUACAAGAUUAAAGUGUUAUAUUAACAGUACAUGGUACUGAUACUUUUUUAUUUUCAAAAUUAAUGAUUUGACAGUGUUCAUCCACUUUUCCGAGUUUAAAUUAGACUGUUAAUGAGCAUGACAUAACGAGACAUCUAUAUUUAUUGGUGUUUUAGUUAAUAACAGACUGACAUAGUGUCACUGUGUGGAUCAUAUUUGAUUUAAUUAGCGAAUAUGUUCAAUACGAAGACUGCCAUUGAUUAAAUAAAAAACUUCGAGUGUGAUCCAUAAAUGACGUAAUAAAAUGUAUUCAUUACUUAAUGAUGUGCGAAAACGUAGGUUUUGUAAGAUGAAAAUUUGUCGACUCUUCCCCAAUUACACUUAUAGACGAAUGGACUCUGCUGUUACUAAUAUGAUAUUGGUGUUUUAUAAUUGUGAUAUGAUAUAAACGAUAUUCUUUAUUUUAAUAAAGAAAAUUCGUUUAUAUUUUAAACAAAUAACGAAAGAAAACCAUCGCUUGCGCCAUCUAUGUUUCGAUCAACCAAAGUCGCUACAAAUUUUCAUUUUAUAUUAAUUCCGCGUUUGCUGUAUUUGUUGUAAAAUGUAUCUUGUUAUAACAAUAUUUGUCAAUUGACAUUAUUAAGUUUACAAUAGCAAAUAUUACUUUAGAGCCAGGUCUGAAAAUUUUGUAGGUUCUACGUAAAAAAAUGACCAAUUUUUUAAAUAAUAUUGUUUUGUUUUUUAUUGACAUAACCUUGUAAUGUUUCCAAGUGUUAUUUAAUUACUUUUUUAUAAUGUACUACUGAUAAGUAGAUAACUAACAUGUUCCCAAAAUGGUUUUCUAUAUUUUAAAUCCAAAGCAUUUAAAAUUAUUUUUAUAACUGUCAUUAUAAGUGGAUGUAUGUGAGAAAUUAACAUGUUAUAUUUGUUUUAUUUCCGCUUAAGAUUUAGUAUAAGUUAUAGUUCAUUGUUUUUAUAUUUAUAUAUCUAAUUCGUAUAUUUGUUUAGCGGUAUAUAAGGUUAUCCUUUAGUCUAUGCCAAAUCGUAGUUUUCCAUGAUACUAUAAUUGUCAUUGGUUAUUCCUUUUUCAAAAUAUUUUUAUCGAUACAGUAUUUAUAAGAUUCAUAGAAAUUUCAUAGUGACGUGGAAAAAUCUGCUCUUAUCGAAUCAAAACCAUUAGAUUUUAGUACUAUAGUACAAAUUUGUUUAAAUCUUUUUUAUACUAUACUAUUUUCCUGACAAUUAAGCUAGUCUUGUAUCCGCAUCAAUGUUUUAUAGCAUUUUACAAUUUUCUCCUACAAUUUAAGCAUUGUCACAAAAUAAAACAAUGUAAUCUCG